GAGAGAGAGAGAGAGAGAGAGAGAGUCAAACGCAGUGAACGAGAGGAGACGCAGAUGAGAAAAACAGACGCUGUGGAUGGCCUGGGUGGAGAGAGAGAACCCGUUGCUUUCUAAGUCGCCUUUCAGGCUGGAAUGCACUCGGAGAAUUUGAGAUUCCCAACGCCUUACUGCCAACUUUGCUUGCGACGCACACCGGGCCCCGCAGACGGAUCAUGUCUGCGUAUGGAGUCCGGAGUAGCCCCGUUCCCAAAGGAGUUGGGGAUGGAGCGAGCGGAGAGGACUGGAGCAUCACUGGUUUACUCCGACGAGAUCCGACAUCCGUGCUACAGGUGGGACUCGGCUUGCGUUCGGGAGAUCCGGCGGGAGUGUGGAUGCGUCCAGCGGUGGUAUUACCCAGAGCUGUUGCAUCCCUUCAACGGUGACCAUGUUUUGAAGGUCAGAGGUCACCGGUGCUACUCAUCCUACGUUCAGGAAAGGGACAACAUUCAUCAGCCGGAAUAUAACGGACAUUGCGAGAGGAGACGGGUGUCAUUCCGGCAUCACGAGGAGCGACCCGAGACUGGAAGACAAUCACACUGUAAUGGGCCGAACUACAAUCAGCCAGGUUUUUUCCCAACUGAGGUGCCCUCGAGCAAGCUGGGCCGGUCCAAGGCACUCGGGAACAGACUGCAGGUGAAUGGACCGCAGCGGGAGGACGUAAGGACGUCUCGGGGGGACGAGGGUCUGGAGAAACAUGGCAAGCAGAGGAAGAGCCAGGGAACAGUACGGGAACAGAUCAAACAAGUGGUCACCGAGCUCGAGGAAGUGCUGGGUGGUCUCAAACAGGUCCAGUUGGAGAUGAAAGAGGUCGUCCAACAGAUCGACAUUCUGACGUCUAAUAUUGACCUUGGUGAAGACGAACCAAGUCUAUCCAAUGCACUCUCCCAAGAUGCCACCAAAAGCAGUCGGAUUGGUGUUGUGGCACUGAUCCACAAUUCAAACAGUGAAGAGGACGUGUCCACUUCCAAUUCCUCUCUCGCUCACAGCCCUGUCACUGUGGAUUUAGUUCACAUUAACAGUCCUUCACCGAUGAGAAACUGCACAAGUCUAUCCCCUCCUGAGCAACGAUCCGUUACUGUUGAGGAUAAAGGCAAACGAGUUGUGAAACAGAGCUCAGAGACUCAAAGGACAGCCAAUGGAAACUGCCUACCACAUCGGACGGCAAGGAAAGGCCAGAUGGACAACCACAGACCCCCUGCAGCUCCAGCAGUGUGCACUAACUCAAAUAAAACCCAACGGCCUCCACCUUACCCUCAGAACGGACAGGUGAAGAUGAGGAUGCCUCCCUAUCCUGGAAAACAUAAGACGCUCUCCUCCACCGUAGUGGACUGAUGCCACACAACCCCGCUGACUCACACCGGAGGACGGAGAAUCCCGGGCCGAGGGGCAGAGACUGUAUUUCCCAUGGAAAACACCAGAAGCUUCUCCAAGCCCUCUUUCUCUCUCACACCCCUGCUGAAAGAAAGCCUGGACCAACUUAGAGUCACCAUGAGAUGGCAUUGACAGCUCGGUUUACUUAUAAACCUGAUGUAUUUCUGAUUGAAACUUAGUGAGGAAACGUGUGAGUCAUGUGAUAAAGGGGCGGGGUCACAAAGCAAGAGGGACUUGUGAUGUCAGCUGAAUAGGAAAGUCGUUUCAGAGGCAGAGCAAGUUGUUUAAUUCUGUUGAAAGAUUAUGAAAACGGGCAUAAAAAAAAUAGGAAAAAUGUGCAUCAAGUAUUUUGAAACAAACAGGAACGUAUAUCAAGAAAGGAAAUAGGGUCAGAUUUAAGUUUAUGUUUGGUCAAAACAUAGUUUAAAUUUCUUUUGGCAAAUAUAUGCAUUUAAAAUGUACAGACUUUUUCCCUCGAGGAAAUUGGCCCAAAAAUAUUGAUCUUGUUUGCUGGGAUUUGCAUAGAUAUAAAUAGACAUAAAUUCUGAUCCUUAGCAACUACAUAAAAAACACCUUAGAAGCCGUAUUGCAAAGUUCUGAAACACUCAGAAUUAUGAACUUAAAUUUAAAUAAAUAGUUAUAUUUAAAAGUGCUGAACUGAAUUAUAAAUGUCUUUUGUGAUAUUUAAUAUAUAUAUAAAAAAUGGUUAUAUAUGCAUUUUAAUAUUAAUGAAAUGAAUAACAACUUAAUAUUGAUAUAAAUGCACCUGGAAAUUUUUAAAGUUAAAUUAUUAAAAUGAGCUCUAGACUGAAAACAGCCCCAAUCCUAAAAGAUUAAAUCCAAGUGCCUCUGUAAUCAGCAAUAGCAAGUUACAAGUGAUGAUUCGUCCGUGUGUUUGAUUGCACUAAUGCUCAUAUUUAUUUCCUUCUCCAAACAUUUGGUAGGAAGUGACUGGAAUUUAUUCAUUUUUAAAGUGUAGUUUUGGCUUUGGUCCACUAAGUGUAGUUUUGCGGGGCUGGGACAUAAACUAAAGACUUUUAAAAAAGAGACCUAGUUCCUGUUUCAGUAGGAAAUAAAUCAGCACAGGAAAGAAAACCAAGCUCAUCAAGCCAUUUCAUGGGACUUGAACAUGCAUUGUCCUUGUUAUUCAGGCUGAGUGAGCUAAAGCUUUUUGGGGUCACUUCAGCAGGGUCUCUCUCUCUCUCUCUCUCUCUCUCUAGCUGUGCUGCUGUGUGAACCUUUUGGAACAAGCUGCCCUUCUUAACUAACCUGUGACCUGAUAUCUGCGUGUUUCUCCUUUAAAGGAACCACAACCGAGGAAUAAGCUGCUUUAGGUUGGAAAUGAUGACUUGAGCUCUCAGAUUUAUGCAAACUAUCGCCAGCGCUCACAUGGAUCUGAAAGACUCUGACUAGUGCCCAGCGAACAGAAAUAUGUUCUUAGAAUGUUGCUUCUGUUACAAACAGUUUUUAAAUCCAUUUUUCUUGGUUAUAGGUGAACAUUAAUGGAAUAUUCCAUUUUAGAAUUUUGCAAACAUUAGAGAAACGUUACUUUUAAGUGUUCUCUAAAUCUUUAGAGACAAGUUUUAAGAACAUUCAUCAAAACCAGAUAAGGUUUUUUUUUUUUGCAUUUCUUACCAUAACUUUGAGAGAACAUUCCUUGUUUGCUGGGUAGACAGCUGAAAUGCCUAAAAAAUAAUAAUUUUAUUUUUACUAUUAUUAUUUAGACCAAAGAUUGAAAUGAUUAUUAUAAUUUUUUUGUUCAGGGAGGCUGAAGGAUUUGGAAUUAUGUUAAGCUAAAGCUAAUGAACAUUAACAUGGCCUCAAAGGCAGCUCAUAAAACCACUUCAGAGAGGUAUACAGCUAAUAUCUGCUGAAACAGAGUUUAUCCUUCUGGAUUCAUGUCGGUGGAUCCUAACACAGUAUUGCAUCUGUGGACUGGAGUUAUUUAAUCAGUAUUUAAAGCCAGUAUAAGCCAUCUUUAUAGACUGUUGAAAUCAUGUAGUGGCAUUUUCACUCUGUGGCCGAUAGAGGGCGCUUCAGACCACACAACGACAGAAAGGUGACGCAACUGACACGUGAAUGUAGCUCACAUGAAAUAAAACAUUAAGUGUGUAUA